AUGGGAAAACAUCGUCCUUCCAUCUCUUCUGCCAUGCGGAAAUUGGUCUUCCAAGCCGUUCAUGAUUUGGCGCAUCCAGGCCUACGAGCGUCUAGGAUACUAUUCACAGGCCGUUUCGUCUGGCUAAGAAUGCAAACAGAUAUCCGUAAGUGGACUAAAGCCUGUUCAAUUUGUCAAGAGAACGAGGUGCACAGACACACCAAGGCUCCUAUCGGAAGUUUCGAGCGAGUUCCCGAGUGA